GGAUAUGGCGUCCGGUAAGAUCGAAGUGCCGUAGCCAGGCGGCAAGCCAGGAGCUAGCGUAGAGAAUUUUCCUGCAAAUUCCGACCACAUCUUUAAUUUUAUUUGGAGGUCCACGUGCUUUUGUGUGUGAUACACUGUCAGUUACUGGCACCAUGUCCGACAACGAGGCAGCGCCUCAGGAGGAGACCAAGAGAAAACGUGGUCGACCAGCCAAAACUGGUGCAGAAGUCAAGGAGUCAGCAGGCAAGGAGGUGAAGAAACGUGGGAGGCCAGGAAAUGAAGAGAAGAAAGAUGUGAAAAAGACAGAUGGUGCUUCCCCUGCCAAGAGAGGGCGAGGACGGCCUAAGGGUUCAACAAAGAAGAAGGGAAAGACUUCAGCAAAGCAGAAGUCUUCAGGAAGUACUGGGAGGGGCCGUGGGCGCCCCAGAAAGGAAGAGAAGAAGGUAGAAUCAGCAGGGGAGGAUGAGGAGGAAGAAGAAGAGGAAGAAGAAGAAGAGGGAGAAGACUAAACACAAACACCGUCACAGAUUGGGAACCCAGACUUUAUAUAAUGUGAAAAAAUGUGUUUUAUCAUUUAAACAUGUAUCGUACCAAGAUAUUGUAGUCAACAGAGGGUUAAGGCUUGAUUUUUGUGUAACGUAGCAGUUGUAAAAUUGAUGUUCAUUUGAGUGGCUUUGCUGCUUUGUGCUGAACCCACUUGGCAUGUUAGCUGCACAGGUUACAAUUCACAAAUUUAACAGGUAGUGAAAUUUAUUUUGAUGUUAAUUUAGUUCUUGAGUGUUUACUGUGAGUGAGAAGUAUUGCCAACGUUUCAGAGGUAUGUGCUGCCUCCUUCAGGGCCAGAGUAUAUAGGGUGGGUGAGUUUCCGUAAAACUGAAGAUGGAGGCAGCAUGUAUCUCCAAAACAUUGAUAACGCUGCCCAGAUCCACAUGGUGUAAAUACCGAUGAACUGAAUUGCCAACAGUUACCACCAUGAAAGCCUAAAAUCAGAAAUGGAUAUGUUUUGCAUUAUUUUAGUAUGUAAGGCAUGACUGAUUGCCCUGUCUUAUUCUGAACUUUUGUAUGAUUAUUUUAAAUUUGAUAUAUUGAAUGUUAUGUGUAAUUGGAAAGUAGGGAAAUGAAGACCAUCAAUUUUUUAUUUAUUUUUCGUUUGUUAAUGUUAUAUCUGAUUUUGUAAUGCAGUAUAUCAGUAAUAAUGCUCUUCAUAGUGUAGGGGAUGAAAAUUCUUCACAGUUGCAGGAAUGGCAUCAUGUAUUCUCUUCAGAAUUUUAAAAUCUUUUCUAACUAAAAGUGACAUGUUCUGCGGAGGAAUAAAUGUAUUGGGAUUAUAUCAAAAUUGAACUUUAGCCCCAAGAAAGUGACAUUCUGUGAUAGCAUUUGUGAACACCAGCAAGUUUUGGAUUUGUUAUCAGAUUUCACAUAUUUGGGUGUUCACUAUGUUCAGCAUGCAUUGGACACGCUACUGAUACGUCCUAUUUCUGUUAGCAGCUGAAGCUGACAAACUGAACAUACUUCAUGAUUACUUGUCAGCCUGCUCAUGCAGCAUGACAGCAAAGGCUAAUCAAGUGGCAUUGUGGAAUGGUACAUUUUACAAGUUUUUAAAUUAUAAUUAAUUAAUUAAUAAUAAUUAUUAUGACACAAGUGACAGUUUUUGUCUUCUUGUUUGGAAAUUUCGGAGAAAUUUUGUUAUUGUGAUGGAUAUUGAGAAAGCUGAUAUGUUUACUUUGCAGGGGGAUUUCUUAUUGCCUGUGGGGGCAUGAGGUCAUUUUCUGCAUAUUUUUAAUCUUUUGGACUGUAUUACUUUAUUACAGAACAUUAUUUUUAAUUGUUCAAUAGUGCAUCAUAUCAAGAUAUGAGAAGUGGAGGUGACUAGUAGCACAGCCAAAGUUACUGGCUUACAUAUAGCUCAUAUUGCAUUUCAAAACAUUCAAACUUUCAGUCCAUACAGUAGCAGAAUGAAGGACUACAUUUUCAUAUAUAUAACUACAAGAAUCCAUUGACAAGAUGAUUCUGAUAAAUUCAUUGGUUUUGUGGCCACUUUUUUAUUUGUGGCUUGCAUAAUUGAAAA